CUCUUUCUAAAACCUGUUUUUAAGGGGUGUGUCAGGAAUCAGUCACUGUUAUAAUUGGCUAACGUCAUUGCAUAGGAAACAGUUUCAACAUCCCCACGCUACUGCAUUCAGUAGUGGAGAUCAAACUGUUUAGAUCAUGGAUGAAACUCAAACAUCUGGAGAUGAAGAUUUAAUUCAAGGACAUAGUUCAUUUCAUCAGAAGAGAUCAGAAUCAGAGCUCGGCUGUGUGUCCGUAAAGAGGACUAAAGAGUCCGUAAAGAGUCAUCCAAUAUGGUUUAAGAGUGGAGAUAAACAUCCUGGUCUCAGUCCAGUUCAUCAGAAGAGAUCAGAAGCAGAGCCCAGCUGUGUGUCUAUGAAGAGUGACAACUCUAUGAGUCAGCCAAUAAAGUUUAACAGUGGUCUCAAUUCAGUUCAUCAGAAGAGAUCAGAACCAGAGUCCAGCUGUGUGUCUAUAAAGAGUGACACAUCUAUGAUUCAGCAAUUACAGUUAGAUAGUGGAGACACACGGCCUGGUUCCAGCCAAGAAGUGCUCAAUGCAUUUAGGACUAAUCUGAUGAAAAGGUUUGAGUGUCUGUAUGAGGGAACAGCAACACAGGGAAACCCAACACUGCUGAAUGAGAUCUACACAGAGCUCUACAUCACAGAGAGUGAGAGUGGAGAGAUCAAUAAUGAACAUGAGGUGAGACAGAUUGAGACACAAUCCAGGAGAGCAGCAACAGAGGACACAGCCAUCAAAUGCAAUGACAUCUUUAGACUUUUACCUGGACAAGACAAACCCAUCAGAACUGUGCUGACAAAGGGAGUCGCUGGCAUUGGAAAAACAGUCUCUGUGCAGAAGUUCAUCCUGGACUGGGCUGAAGGGAAAGAGAAUCAGGACAUCCAGCUCAUAUUUCCACUUCCUUUCAGAGAGCUCAACUUGAUGAAGGACAAAACACUUUCAGGUCUUCUUAGUUUCUUUUUUCCUGAAACUAAAGAAAUGGGAAUAUCCAUUGAGGAAUAUAAAGUGUUGUUCAUCUUUGAUGGUCUGGAUGAGUGUCGUCUGUCUCUGGAUUUUAAGAGCAAAGUCAAACCGACUAAUAUAUCUGAAUCAGCCUCAAUGGACGUGCUGCUGAUAAACCUCAUUGUGGGGAAUCUGCUUCCCUCUGCUCUCAUCUGGAUCACCUCCAGACCAGCAGCAGCUGAUCUCAUUCCCUCUGAUUGUGUCCAUCGAGUGACAGAAGUAAAAGGCUUCAAUGAGCCACAGAAGGAGGAAUAUUUCAGGAAGAGAAUCAGUGAUCAGAGUCUGGCCAACAGGAUCAUCUCACACCUGAAGUCAUCAAGGAGCCUCUUUAUCAUGUGCCACAUCCCAGUGUUUUGCUGGAUCUCAGCCGCUGUUCUAGAGAAGAUGUUGAGUCAAGCAGAGAGUGGAGAGAUUCCCAAGACUCUCACUCAAAUGUACACACACUUCCUGAUCAUUCAGACCAACAUCACACAUAAGAAGGACUAUGAGAAGAACAUGAAAGAUGAAGACAUGAUCCUCAAACUGGGGAAACUGGCUUUUCAGCAGCUUGUGAAAGGAAACCUGAUCUUCUAUGAUGAAGACCUGAGAGAGUGUGGCAUUGAUGUGACAGAAGCAUCAGUGUACUCAGGAUUGUGCACUCAGAUCUUCAGAGAGGAGUUGGGCUUGUAUCAGGGGAAAGUCUUCUGCUUUGUUCAUCUGAGCCUUCAGGAACAUCUAGCAGCUCUAUAUGUGCACCUCUCCUUUACAUACAAGAAGACAAACGUAUUUGACCAAAACAAACAAAGUCUGUUGUCUAAGAUUUUUAACCAGAAGAAAUAUAAUUCAUUAUUUGAGCUGCAUCAGAGAGCUGUGGAUGAGGCUUUACAGAGUAAGAAUGGACAUCUGGAUCUUUUCCUGCGUUUCUUUCUGGGUCUUUCAGUGGAGUCCAAUCAGACUCCUUUACGAAAACUACUGACACAGACAGGAAGCUGCUCCUACAACAAAGAGGAAACAGUUCAGUACAUCAAACAGAUGAUCAGGGAGAAUCGUUCUCCAGAGAAAUCAAUCAAUCUGUUUCACUGUCUGAAUGAACUGGGUGAUGAUUCACUGAUGCAGGAGAUUCAAGAUUAUGUGAAAUCUGGAGAAAUAAGGGAAGCCAAACUCUCCUCUUCACAGUGGUCAGCUCUGGUUUAUGUGUUGCUGACAUCAGAGCAGAAGAUGGAUGUUUUUGAUCUAAAACAGUUUAUUGGAGCACAAAUGAAAGCAGAUAAAGUUCUUCAGAAGCUGCUACCUGUGAUUAAAGAAUCCAGAUCAGCUCAGCUAUGCGGAUGUAAUCUGACUGCUCAGUCCUGUAAAAGUUUGUCUUCAGUUCUACAAUCCUCAAACACUGUCCUGAAAGAACUGGACCUGAGUAACAAUGACCUGAACGAUUCUGGGGUGAAGAUUCUUUCUGAUGGACUGAAAAGUCCAAACUGUCAGCUGGAAAUUCUGAGAUUGUCUGGCUGUAUGGUGACAGAAAAAGGAUUCAGAUAUGUGUCUUCAGCUCUGAGUGCAAAUCCCUCACACCUGAGAGAGCUGGAUCUGAGCUACAAUCACCCAGGAGAUUUAGGAGUCAAGCUGCUCUCUGAAAAACUGGAGGACUCAAACUGCUCAUUGGACAAACUGAAUGUGGAUCAUGGAGGAGAAUCCAGGAUUACAGCAGGACUGAAGAAAUAUGCCUGUUUUCUCACACUGGAUCCAAACACAGCACACACUGACUUCAUACUGUCUGAGGAGAACAGAAAGGUGACACGUGUGGAAGAGGAUCAGUCAUAUCCUGAUCAUCCAGACAGAUUUAAAUAUUGGCAUCAGGUGUUGUGUAGAGAGAGUGUGUGUGGACGCUGUUACUGGGAGAUUGAGUGGAGUGGAUAUCGUGUGUUUAUUUCAGUGUCAUAUAAGAGCAUCAGCAGGAAGGGAGAUGGUGUUGAAUGUGUGUUUGGAUGUAAUGAUCAGUCCUGGAGUUUGUACUGCUCUCGCUCCAGAUACUCAUUUAGACACAAUAAGGUAGAGACUUUUCUCCCUGUAGAGUCUAUCAGCUAUAAAAUAGGAGUGUAUGUGGAUGUGAGUGCAGGAACUCUGUCCUUCUACAGCAUUUCUGACACAAUGAGCCUCAUCCACACAGUCCAGACAACAUUCACUCAGCCGCUCUAUCCUGGGUUUGGUAUUGUUUCUGGAUCAUCAGUGAAACUACUAAACUUCACUACAUCAAAGCUACAGCACUGGGAAAUGUAGCAAGCUAAGCUACAGCACCAUGGCAAAAGUAGUUUAAUACAUCUACACUAUUUUUUAAAAUGUCAUUUUUUAUUUUGAAUCAACAUCAUACCAAGUCAGUGCUCUCUCAGUGAUCAAUAAAACUGUCGGUCAAACAGAUAUAGACAGGCAUAAUAGUUUAGUUCUGUUUGUUUAUUCAACAACUGGUCCAAACCAAUUUGGAAACCAAAAACAGUAUAAUGUUCAGGGCUACCAAUUGGUAGUUGCUCUUGUGGCUUUAUUGUUUACAGAUACAUUUAUAUAAAUGGUAAUACUCACAAUAAGGUUCAUUAGUUAACAAUAUUAACCAAUGUACUUAACAUAUGAAGAGUUAGCAAUAGAUCUGCAGGGUUUAUUAAUCUUAAAUGUUAAUUUAAACAUUUACUUAUGUUUUAUUAAAAUUUAAAAGUUGUUUUGUUAACAUUAAAGGAGAGGUUCACUUCCAGAACAAAAAAUGUACAGAUAAUGGACUAUGUACUUUUACAGAUAAUCACAGUUUAUAGAUAAUUUACAGUUUUUCCUCCAACUUCACAUUCAUCAUACAUUGCAUUUUCAUUUUGUAAACACUGGGUCGGUACUUCUGCAGCAAAGAAGAUCAAACACCUUUUACAAAAAAAAAAAAAGGUAAAACAGUGAUGUAAGUUGGAUGAAAAAAUCAGAUGUUUUUCGACACCCUAACUGA